UGUAGAUACCGCGUAUUCUGUGAGGUCUCUACACAGUAUGAGCCACCAACGAAAUUGCUGGCCCAACCAGGAUGCGCAGAGAGUGAUAAAUAUUGAUAAUUUCGGUCUCUGUGCGCAGCGCGGAGGGGAACUUCAGUAGCCUUGAUGAGGACAGCUCCCCUCCGGUCGAUGCUUUGAAGAAAGGGGAGAGCCGAAGUUAUCGCAUCACAAGUCAAGUCUGCAGUAGGCCUAGCAUAAUUAUCAAACGCGCACAGUGGGGAGUGGACUGUCAUCUCCCGUGGGUAGGUGUGUGUGGCACGGGUUUUUCCCCAGUAUAGUUGCAUGCCGAAUAUUGUGCGGUGUGGUAAGCUACCAAGUGCAUCGACGAGCGAUGGCGGAAUGUGGAAUGAAGGCGCUGGAGGCGGCCCGCUCACGCUACGAGAGCUUGCAGAUUUCAGAUGAUGUUUUUGGGGAAUCGGGAGAUGACAGUAGCGACAAUCCCUUUUACAGCACUUCGGGUGACUCGAAUUCGGAUAACUGUUGCUUGGAGGCCGGGGAUGAUCAAAGGGCAGGUGAGACUGGGAAUUGUCUAAACGGAGGUCCACCCGGGUCUAUCUCAAAGACUCAAGCAGAGGAGGAUGGAUGGAGCGACACACUGCAAGAUAUCACGGUGGCCCCCUACAACGACACAUAUGGCCCUAUCCAGAGAAUGCCAGCCACAGCCACUUGCAUGGACUUCUUCCAGCUCUUUGUGCCCGACAACACCAUCGAAAACAUGGUGACGCAGACCAACAUGUAUGCCAAGAAGUACCAGGAGCGCUUCGGCAGCGACGAGGGCUGGCGGAACGUGACGGCGGCCGAGAUGAAGGCCUUCCUGGGCUUGGUGACUUCCACCAGCGUUCACCGCUGUGAGUCAGUGCUCAGCAUCUGGAGCAGCGGCUUCUUCAGCAAUCGCAGCAUUGCACUCAAGAUGAGCCAGGCGCGCUUCGAGAAGAUCCUCAAGUACUUCCAUAUUGUGGCCUUCCGCUCCAGCCACAGCAGCCAUGGCCUCUACAAGAUCCAGCCCUUCCUGGACUCACUGCAGCAGUCGUUCGGCUGCAGCACAUUCCGCCCCUCUCAGACUCAGGUGCUCCAUGAGCCUCUGAUUGAUGAGGACCCGGUGUUCAUCACCACCUGUACGGAGAGAGAGCUGAGGAAGAGGAGGAAGAGGAAAUUCAGUCUGUGGGUCCGCCAAUGCACAUCCACUGGCUUCAUCUGUCAGAUCUAUGUGCAUCUAAAGGAGGGCCAGGGUCCUGAUGGGUUGGCCACCCUGAAGAUCAAGCCUCAGCUCCACAGUAUGGUGGCCAAACAGCUGUGUCAGAACCUCUCAGGCCGCAACAGCAUCAUCUUCACCGGACCCAGCAUCACCAGCCUCAACCUGUACCAGGAGUUUGAGAAACAGGAGAUCUACUGCUGUGGGCUGCUGAGCACCAGGAAGAGUGACUGCACCGGCCUGCCCCAGUCCAUGUUGGUGAACCCUGAGAGCCCCCAGCAGAGGGGCCAGUCCCACAGCAUGAUGAGAGGUAACACCUCUCUCAUCAGCUGGUACAACAAGGGACACUUCCGCUUCCUUACCAACGCCUACUCACCCACCAAGAAAGGGGUGAUCAUCAAAAGGAAAAGUGGUGAGAUUCCCUGUCCGCUGGCUGUGGAGGCCUUCGCUGCACACCUCAGUUACAUCUGCAAGUAUGACGACAAGUACAGCAAGUAUUUCAUCUUCCACAAGCCAAACAAAACGUGGCAGCAGGUGUUCUGGCUGACCAUCAGCAUCGCCAUAAACAACGCCUAUAUCAUGUACAAGAUGUCCGAUGCCUACCAGAUUAAGCGCUACAGCCGAGCUCAGUUUGGAGAGAGACUGGUGAGGGAGCUACUGGAUUUAGACGACUGCUCUCCUACCCAGUGAGGCGACCACAUAAUCUUUGUAAUAUACGCACACACACACUGUGUACACACACUGUCACACGUACCCACAAACACACACUGUUCAUCACAUGCAAAACACUAAAACACACUAACCCAAAACACUAAUAGAUUUGUUCUUUACAAUUGUAGACACUGGGAUAGGUAAUUCCUUAAAUGAAACAAUAUUUUAACAGUGCCAAGUCUGGGUUAAAUGGGUUGGGGGACCAAACCCCCAGGUUUGGAGAGCAGGUCUAUAGUUUAGUCGGAACGGUCUAUAGAUUAAAGUUUCUUUACUGAGGCACAAAGCAGAGCCAUUGUACAGUACACAUGUCUCUAUUGUUAUUGUCACAGGCUGCAUGACAAAAACACAGUUGGAUAAUGUACUGUUGUUCAAUGUGCAGAUUUCUUUAAAAAAAAUCUGGUUAAAUAUUGUUUCCAUGUAGAACAAUAUCACUCUGUAAUGUAAAUCGACCACCUAUGGAGCAACAUCGGGUGUGUUCUCUCCAAGAUAGACCUGAACCACUAAGAAGAAAUACUGUAUGUCGGUAGGUAUGUAUGUAUUACAGUACCACUCAAAAGUUUGGACGCACCUACUCAUUCAAGGGUUUUUCUUUAUUUGUACAAUUUUCUACAUUGUAGAAUAAUAGUGAAGACAUCACAACUAUGAAAUAACACAUAUGGAAUCAUGUAUUAACCCCCCAAAAAAUAUCAAAAUAUAUUUUAGAUUCUUCAAGGUAGCCACUCUUUGCCUUGAUGACAGCUUUGUAUACUCAUUGCAUUCUCUCAACCAGCUUCACCUGGAAUGAUUUUCCAAAAGUCUUGAAGGCGUUCCCACAUGCUGAGUACUUGUUGGCUGCUUUUCUUUCACUCUGCGGUCCAACUCAUCCCAAACCAUCUCAAUUGGGUUGAGGUCAGGUGAUUGUGGAGGCCAGGUCAUCUGAUGCAUUACUCCAUCACUCUCCUUCUUGGUAUAAUAGCCCUUACACAGCCUGGAGGUGUGUUGGGUCAUUGUCCUGUUGAAAAACAAAUGAUAGUCCCACUAAGCGCAAACCAGAUGGGAUGGUGUAUUGCUGCAGAAUGCUGUGGUAGCCAUGCUGGUUAAGUGUGCCUAGAAUUCUAAAUAAAUCACUGACACCAGCUCCUCCAUGCUUCACGGUGGGAACCACACAUGUGGAGAUCUUCCAUUCACCUACUCUGUGUUUCACAAAGACACGGCGGUUGGAUCCAAAAAAAAAUUCCACUAAUAUCCUUUGCUCAUGUUUCUUGGCCCAAACAAGUCUCUUCUUCUUAUUGGUGUCCUUUAGUAGUGGUUUCUUUGCAACAAAUUGACCAUGAAGGCCUGAUUCACACAGUCUCCUCUGAACAGUUGAUGUUGAGCUGUGUCUGUUACUUGAAUUUAUUUGGGCUGCAAUUUCUGGGCUGGUAACUCUAAUGAACGUAUCCUCUGCAGCAGAGGUAACUCUCGGUCUUCCUUUCCUGGGGCUGUCCUCAUGAGAGCCAGUUUCAUCUUAGCUCUUGAUCGUUUUUAUGACUGCACUUGAAGAAACAUUCAGAGAUUUUCCGUAUUGAGUGACCUUCAUGACUUAAAGUAAUGAAUGACUGUCAUUUCUCUUUGCUUAUUUGAGCUGUUCUUGACAUAUGGACUUGGUAUUUUACCAAAUAGGGCUAUCUUCUGUUUACCAACCGUACCUUGUCACAACACAACUCAAUUGGCUCAAACUCAUUAAGAAGCAAAGACAUUUCACAAAUUAACUUUUAACAUGACACACCUGUUAAUUGUAAUGCAUUGAAGCUGAUUGAGAGAAUGCCAAGAGUGUGCAAAGCUGUCAUCAAGACAAAGUGUGGCUACUUUGAAGAAUAUAUGUUUUGUUUAACACUUUUUUGGUUACUACAUGAUUCCAAAUGUGUUAUUUCAUAGUUGUAGAUUUAUAGGGAAGAUAUCACAACAUUGAAAAUAGUAACAAUAAAGAAAAACCCUUGAAUGUGUAGGUGUCCAAACCUUUGACUGGUAAUGUGUAUCUACAUAUACAUGUGUGUGUGUGUGUGUGUAUAAGCCCAGGAUCCUUCCAUUAUGUUUAAAUUAAAUAUGGAGGAGUAGUCUGCACUACAUUUCAUUACCAUCCCCCUUCCAGAGCGCUUGCCAUCUUGCUGAUGCUUAAUACCUGAAAUGGGAAAUGUCCUGCUUACCAGGGUAAUGCUUACUGUACUCAGUAACUUCAUAUCUCAGUCAAUAGGAACUAUGCAACUGGUCAUCAGAUCAUAUGACUGGCAGUCCCUAUUCUCAGCCAAUUGGUUCAUCGCUGUAUAUUAGCAACAUCAUUGAAAAUUCUGGAUGGUGUGACUUGUGUUCAGGUUUUCAGACUGCAAAGAGAAGGGUUGAUGAUAUGAUAAAUUAUUCUCGUUCUUGCCAAUGAUGACCACAUGAACGUUCAUUUGGAUGAAGCCUACAGUUGCUGUACAACAUGACUACCGUCUCCAUGUGGCGUAGUAUUGGAUAAUCAAGAGCUGCAGGGGUCAGUUCAGUUCAACUCUAGAUAAACACUCUGAACUGUCCACAGCAAGCCCUCACUCUCUGACAGACCACACAGACUGUUUUCAGUUCAGUUCCUCUGGUGAUGUAUGAUGAGCCUCUGGCUCAGCUGGGGAGCUAAGAGUGUGGCCCAUAUCCAGUGUGCCAGUGUGGCCCAUAUCAUCAUAGGCUCACUGUAGUCACAUCCAUUGUCCAAACCCUGGAAGCAAGCCUGACAUUGAUCUAUACAGUAUGUAAGUUGAGUUUAAAUUAAACAUUACAUACCGUCAGCCAAUAAUUAUCUCACUCCAAUGAUGUCACUAAAAGAUGGAGAGAAGAAAACACCAGACCCACAGAAGUUUGUCAAUGUUAUUCCUUUCAAAGGGGCUUAGGAGAAUGGAUCCUCCUGAUCUGCCAUAAUGACUUUGUGAGGCUGUGGUCUUGCCUCUUGUGUGGGGACAGAAUAGCACCCCACUGUGCUGUAUGUUGAGCUGUUUUAAGUCAGUUAAGUGAAUGUCACCGUGGAUUAAUAAUGUAUUUUUGGCCAAUAGUGAAUGUACUUUCAGUGUAAAAGUGAAAUCAAUGCUUUCAAUUGUGUGCAAUUCCAAAGUCCACGCACACAGGCCUAUUUUGUCCCUUGGCCGAUGACAUACAAUCGUGCUUAUCCGCUCCUUGCCACUGUGACUGUUUUUGAUGUGUGAAGUGUUUGGGAGAUUUGUACUACUGAGGCAGAGUUGUCCUAGCUAGGGCACUACUCAUGCACUUUCUAUGGUCCUUCACUUUAAAGCAAUUCAGUAACGGUGUUUACUAAAUAUCCCUAGCUUUGAUGAAUUCCUAUAACUAAUGGUGUUUACUAAAUAUCCCUAGCUUUGAUGAAUUCCUAUAACUAACGGUGUUUACUAAAUAUCCCUAGCUUUGAUGAAUUCCUAUAACUAACGGUGUUUACUAAAUAUCCCUAGCUUUGAUGAAUUCCUAUAACUAACGGUGUUUACUAAAUAUCCCUAGCUUUGAUGAAUUCCUAUAACUAACGGUGUUUACUAAAUAUCCCUAGCUUUGAAUUCCUAUAACUAACGGUGUUUACUAAAUAUCCCUAGCUUUGAUGAAUUCCUAUAACUAACGGUGUUUACUAAAUAUCCCUAGCUUUGAUGAAUUCCUAUAACUAACGGUGUUUACUAAAUAUCCCUAGAUUUGAUGAAUUCCUAUAACUAACGGUGUUUACUAAAUAUCCCUAGCUUUGAUGAAUACCUAUAACUAACGGUGUUUACUAAAUAUCCCAAGCUUUGAUAAAUUCCUAUAAUUAAUGGUGGUACUAAAUGCUUCCCCAGAAAAUAGAUGAGUUAAUGACUCACUUUACUCUGAAAAUCUGUUUUGUCGCAGAACACUGAAGGUUUAAUCCUGUUUCAUUGCUAUCGCCUGUUUCCUCUAAUUAUUGAGAGCUUGACCAUUCUAUGAAGAAGCAGGAAAUCCAUUUUUAAUAAAAAAAGGGUAAUUAUUGUCUUGAGUGCUACAAUAUUUAUGCAGGAAUGAUUUAAAGGGGAUCAACGAAAGUACACGAAGAUGAUGAAUACUACAAGCCAAUGAAAAGGAAUUAUAUUCUAAAAACAUUAUGAAUAUUUACCAAAAUAUAUGAUGUGCAUAUGCUAUUGAGGUAUAUUUGUUUUUGUGUACUUAUUAGACAGUACAAGUGAUUAUAGUUCUAUCAGGUUCUUCACUUUUAGGUAAGACACAUGAUUGUGAUUUUUCACCUUUUCCUUUUCCCCAAAAAUACAUUGUCGUUCUUGUGUAUGUUUGUUUGUGUGCGAUCACUAGUUAUGUGCACUGAUCACUGUCUGAAAGAUUCUCUGACAUGCCAUAAGUAUGUUAAUGAUGCUAAUAACAAUGCUCUUUUGUUCUGAAUUGUUAUAUUGAUAGACACCAAGAAGUAUGCAUGAUAGUCAACAACCUUUUCAAAGUAAACACUUCAAAAUCAAAUAUAUAAUCUCUUUAAAUUGUCUGUUCGCGGUAUAUCUUAGUCAUGAAGUCCUUGGAUGUGCUCUAAAAUGUUCUGUAAGUGUAGUGUUACUAAGCAAUGUCUAUUAGGCCAUUUUUAAUGUUAUUAAUACCACCAUGGCCAAGUAGAGAGCAGAUGACUCGUGUGGUGAUCCGUUAUUGCUACUCUGAGUGAUUUCAUGAACCAAUUAUAAUCAGGAGAGAUGGAGGGCUGUUAACCCCCCUCCCCCUGUAUUCACUUUUAAUCAGAACUGCUUUAGUUUAAAUUCUCAGGUUGAAAAUGUAUGAUCUACAAUUUACAAUAAGAUAAAAUAUGACCGUUUAUUUUAUUACCCAGCCAUGUAUUAGAUAUAUUCUCAGUGCCUUUUACAUAGAACAUCUCCUUUUCUUACCAGGCAUUUCAUGCCAGUAUCAUAUGGCAACUUCAGAUGACUUCUGCAGAGAAUAUCUAAAAAAUAUAUAAUUUAUUCAAGAUGGAUAAAACAAAAGACAGUUUACCAUCUGUAUAGUGCAUCUGUGUUCAUUAAAUUAUUUUCUCACUCCAGGAUUAGAUAACUAGGUUUAUAGUUCAACCCUUCAACAACAUUUGGUUCUUUAAAGCAAUCUACUAGAAAAGACAACAGACAUAACCUAUAUCAACGGCCAAGCCAUAUCCAAAUCCUAAAGCCAGAUUAUUUUUUUUUAUCAACAUUGGCCAUUUAUCAUUUCCUGGAAUGUCUUUGUGUCAAUCUGAUGUCACUGUAAUUCCAUAGCUUCUGAGAGGCAAUAUUAAUUUACCAUUGCUCUGUAAAAUUAAUGAGGUCAGUUGAUUGACAGCCCACUCAGUCUAUUGCCACAUGCCAUCUUCUUUCCUUCUGGUAUUCGGUGGCAGGUAGCCGUUAGUGUUGGGCCAAUAACUGAAAGGUUGCCGGAUCGAAUCCCCGAGCUGACAAGGUAAAAAAAAUGGGUCGUUCUGCGCCUGAGCAAGGCAGUUAACCCACUGUUCCCCGGGCGACGAAGACGUGGAUGUCGAUUAUGGCAGCCCCCACCCACCAGAGGGGUUGGGUUAAAUGCGGAAGACACAUUUCUUUUGAAUGCAUUGUUAUACAACUGACUAGAUAUCCCCCUUUCCCUAUUUACGGUUGUUUUCAGACCCAUAAAGCAUAUAGAGCGCCAAUACCGUGCGUGCACCCGCCUCCACCCGUAGCCGUUAAUGGACAAACUGAGACUGCAUGCAAGUAAGUUGGCUAGUCAGUCAGCCCAAUGCCCAUUGGGUCCUUUUAUAGUUAGUAAAAAGCCAACACAUUUUGUGAAUGUUUUUCAUUCAAUACAGCCUCCACUCUGCAUGAGUGAUCAAGACUGCUGAAAUACAUUUUAAUAUGUAAUCUAGAAAUUUUGGACACCAUUUGUUAGUAAUUUCCAUUCUAAAACACAGUGGAAGAUUACAAUAUGUUAAAGUGUAAUGACAGUGGCAAGAAAAUAAAAAUGUCUUCUGCAGGCCUAUCGUGCACUCUGGCAAUUGAAAGUCUAAAGUUGGGACCUGAAGAUGUAUGAUUGAGACAGUCAAGUAAAUUAACUUUGCUGACCUCAGGGCUUCAUUAUUCACUAUUAAUAAAAAAAUACAAUAAGGUGCUAUCAAAAUACUGUAAAAAAUGAUAGAUAAUAUUGAAAUAUGUGCUCAAUCAAUAGUCAGUAGAAAAGUUGGCAAGACUAAUAUUAAGGGUCGUUGGUAAAAUGAAAUCUAGUUCCAGAAUGGUGUAUUUGACAUUGUACUAAUAAUAUGUAAAUAGCUCAUGUAAGCUGGACCAAACUUCCUACCGUAUCGGAUUAAUUCUAUACAACACACAAACUGCAAUGUAUGACUGCUCUGGGAAUGUUGUUGAAACUGCUUCUUGUCCUGUGUGUUUUUCAUUGGUGGAGGAAAAGUGAUUGCUGUAUCGUGCGUGUUUGUUAUUUCUCCUCAUUGAGUGUGUAUGUAGCCUAUUGUAAACCUUCCCUCUGUGAUCUUCAUGUUAACAGUACACCACCCUGAUGGACUUUGUGAAUCGUAUGUAUACCACCAUGUUGCUAAUAAAUGUUCACGAUUUUAUACACCA